UGACGCAACUGAUUAAGUCCUUAAAAAUAGUAAUAAAAGAAGGAUGAAGUAAUAAAUCGUUUACAUAAAAAUAUAAAGUUUGGAUACGAAUAAAGGCCGAGAUAGUUCCUACAAUUAUUCAUAACAUUGUAGUUUGUUAUGUUACGUAGUUUGUUAAGUUUCCGCAUUUCUAGUUUUGAAGGACACGAUCUCUUAUGACGAUAACAUUGAGUCAAUAAGUAAUUUUUGUAAAGUCAGGGCAAUAAAUAUUUAAAUUGGCGUACAUAUAAAAUCGCUAAAUUCGCGAUCUUUUUUUAGUAUUAUUUAGAAUAGAAAAAAUAGAUAGGUACCAAAAAUAUGACGUUCACUAUAAUAAAGGUGGAAAAAGUUCUAGAAGGAAAAGACUGGCCACAAAUUGUGGCUAUAUUAAUAGGAUCAUUUGUUGCAUUUACCAGUGGACUGCUCUAUGCUUGGCCUUCACCUUUUUUACUUAAGAUUACUCAAGACAAGGUACAUUACAACAUAUCUGAAAAUGAAGCCUCCUAUUUUACUAUCGUACACGCAGCUGGAAUGCUAACAUUACCCAUUUUAUUGGUGUCAAUUGCGCAAAUCAUUGGCAGAAAAACUCUUCUUAACUUAUCUACUAUUCCUUAUAUUACAAGCUUUGUUUUAAAAGCUGUAUGUACAAAUAUAUGGUUACUGUAUUUGGCGAGGUUUCUUGCAGGAGCUGGAGACGCGAUAGUGUUUGCUGCCCUUCCUGUCUACAUAGGAGAGAUCGCGACACCUAAAAUACGAGGAAUAUGGGGAAACUCUUUUAUAAUUGCUGUCUUUCUAGGACAAUGUGGAAUGAACAUUAUUGGAAGUUAUUGCAAUGUACAAGUGACAUCUUAUAUUGGUCUAGCAAUACCAGUCAUAUUUUUAAUAAUUUUUAGUUUUAUGCCUGAAUCUCCGUAUUAUUUAAUAAUGCGAAACAGACAGGAAGAAGCAAAAUCUAGUUUAAGGUGGUUGAGAUGUAAGGAAGACGUAGAAUCUGAAUUUGAGAAUAUGAAGUCUUCUGUUGAAAAGCAAGAAAGUGGUUCCUGGGGAGAUCUUCUAAGAAUCAAAGCCAACAGGAAAGCAUUAACUGCUGGUGUAUUCCUGAGAAUAUCACAACUACUUACAGGUGUUUAUGUGUUUGCAGCAUACACCCAAUUUAUUUUUGCUAAAGCAGGAGGGAAUAUAAGUCCUCAAAUGUCAGCUAUAAUCUAUACAGGGGUCACUGUUAUUAUGUAUUCCUGUGCAGCAUAUUUAUCCAAUAAAAUGGGAAGAAGACAAGCGUAUAUGAUAUCAAUAUUCCUGGCAGGACUUGUAGUUUUAUCGGAAGCUACAUAUUUUUACUUAGAUACCGUACAUCCAGAAAUCAACUUGGAAUCCUAUAAGUGGUAUCCUUUAGUGGGCAUGAUUCUUUUUGUAGUAGUUUCCUCAUUUGGAGUUGGAAUUAUACCAACAUUAAUGUUGGGUGAGCUGUUUGCAACCAGUAUUAAACCUAAAGGUAUUAGUGUACUGACUUGUACAUUUGCAGCCAGUAUAAUGAUAACAAAUAACAUCUUCUAUUACUUAAAUUCUGCUACUGGUCUGUAUGGACCUUUUUACCUGUUUGGUUUUUGUAAUAUUGUGUUUACUUUUAUUGCAUACUUCGUUGUACCUGAAACUAAAGGAAAGACUCUAGAUGAAAUUCAACAGUUUUUAAAUGAUAUGUAAAAUAAAGAUUAUUUUUAUAAUA